GUAGACAUCGUUCUUCGCUCCAACUCUACCAACAUGGCCGUCGAGAAAAACUGAACGCAACGCCGUGUUUUCCAUUUGCCCACUAAAACCUCACAUAAUACCGAAAAACGUGCAAGAAAACGUAGCCAAAUCUUGUUGUGUAUGUUUAUGAAAAAUGGUAAAUUGUGUUGUCGCGUUCGCCAAACCCUAACCGAUUUUACGGGGUAAUAAAACUGAGUAUCUAUCGCUUGGGCCAUAAAUUCACCCAGACAAAAAAAAAAAAAGAAAAACGUGCGCGAUAUAUAUGCGAUAUUUGCCAGAGCGAGAGAACGAAAUACCGCGAUGGCGUCGCGCAGGCGCGCCGAACUGAAUCCCAAACUGCACAUGGACAGGCAGCCGACAGCUGCCCGCAUAACAGAUCCCUCAUUACCCGCCGGAAAGCGACGCGAGAUCGACAACGUCAUGAAGAAGGCGCGCGCCAACACCACCAACGAUUAUUGGGAUAAGAAGCUGAUCGAGGCGGAGGAGAAGGAUCCGAAUCGCUGGCGUCACACGGGCUACAAGAAGAUGUACAUCCAAGGCGAAAGCAGUUCCGGUGAAAGUGAACGCGAAGGUCGUGACGGAGGAGCUCCUCCAUAUGGUCGAUAUCCACCCACAGGCGGACCACCGCCCGGUCCGCCGCCACCCUCGUCGUCGCAGCGGUACGGCCGCUCGCGUUCGCCCCAUUCGCGCAGUCGGUCGCGUUUGCGCAAAUCGCCUCCGCUGUCGCCUCCACCGCGUCGCCGAUCGCCUCCGAUGUCCAUGCACAUGGACCGACGCGGAGGACCGCGAUCACCGCCCAUGCCGCGUUCGCCCAACAACAGUCAUGACGCCCUUAUGCGUCGUCCGGGAAAUGGCCACGGCGGACGGCCUCGAUCGCCUCCGGAACCCAGUGGUGGUGGCUCGUCCUCCUCGUCGCUGAGACGCAAGCCAAACGCGUCGCGUUCUCCGUUGGGGCGUCGUCGGUCGCCGCCGCUUCCGCCGCCCUCGACGUCGGGAAUGGAUAAACGCGGCGCCGUCGCUCACAUCCUGCCGCGUUCGAAGCGUCCACCAUCGCCACCGCCAAGGCACUCAAUACGUUCGCGUUCAAACAGCUCGAUGAGCAGCAGUUCCGAUGACUCCUGCUCCCUUUGCUCGCCCAGCCAUCGUCACAGAUCUCGAUCCCGCGGUCCGCGUUCACCACCGCCCAAGCCACGUGGCCAUUAUCGUUCGGGGGCGCCGCCCCCUCCGUCGGAGUCACAUGGCCGCAUCCAUGGUCGACCCACCACUCCACCGCCCGUGCGCGGAGGUGGAGGCAGUUCGGUAUCCAUGGAAAAGUACCGGCAGGCGAAGAUGCGUCUCAUCAGCCAUGAUCGCGGCUCAUCGUCGGAUGCCCACAUGAAGAUUGCGAGAUCGUCGCGUCACUCGCCGCCGCCGGAAGAUCCGCGUCUCAAGCACCGUCCGCCAGAGCCUCCAGAGCCGGCAUCAGCGCCAACUGGAGCACCGGCAGGACAGACCAAGAAGAAGAAAAAGGAAAAGGAGUUGAGGCCACGCAUAAAAAUUGAAGGUGAGAAACGCAAAAAGCAUCCGAGCGGGACGACCAGUGGUACCGGAGCUAACGCGGCGAACUCCUCCUCGGAUUCGGACGAUUCGAACGGCUCGGACAGCGACGAGGUUGGCACGCUGCCGACUUUCUCGGCAACGACGCGGCUGACGCUCUCGGAGCGAUUCGGCAAAAUGGCGCAAUGGAGCAUCGAUCGCAGCAACAUGGAAAACAUGCGCAUCACCAAAGACUCCGCCGGUGGGGCCCUCAAAGUGAUGAUCGAAGAGGGCCUGGAGUCGCCGCCGCGUCGCUAUUCGUAUUCGCCGGCACCGGCCGGGCACUUUCCGGAGGAGUUGGCCACCACAGCACCGUCGGGAAUGCUGUCGUGGGACGAUGUGCGCGUCCGUUACGAGUACUACAAGAGUCGUGGUUACUUGAGGGACUUGGACCUAAAGGACUAUAUCAAGUGGGAGGAGUGGUGGUAUAAAUAUCAGGAGUGGUUGAAACAGGAACGAUACUAUGGGUACUGGGAACGCAGUCAGCAAUUGCGUAGACGACGCAAGAAGCUGCCGGUCACUCAGCGCUUAAACUGAGAUCCACCCGCAUCUCAAUCAUCUCAUUAACUUUCCUAUUUCCCCUUUGAUCCCAAUUUAGUUCAUUUAUUUGAACUAACUUUUCCCCUUUUGUGUUGUAUCUUUAUCAUUUUCGCAUCCUAUCAUCCCUUUUUGUACAUUUAAAAUGUAUGAAACUGCAUUUGUCAGCUUAUGUAUUUGAUAACUAAUUACAAUUAUCGGCCAAGUACCAGGAAAUGGUUGGCUUUUGGCCACUGACACCCUGCUAUUGGCGUAGGGUUUUCAUAAACACUGAACUUUGUAAGUUUUUUUGAGUGCAUGUUGUUACUGAACAACACACCCAGAUAUUUGUAAACGCAUUAAAUAACAGUCAAUAUAUAAA